AGCGCUGCGCCCCUCCGAACCGGCCACGGGCACGGCCGCGGGCAUCGCAGGACAGGCGCCGCUCCUCCCCAGCAGGAGCCCCGAGCAGCCGGCGCCAUGGCGGGAGCGUCGGUGAAGGUGGCGGUGCGCGUCCGGCCCUUCAACUCCCGGGAGAUGAGCCGGGAAUCCAAAUGCAUCAUCCAGAUGUCGGGAAGCACCACCACUAUCCUGAACCCAAAACAGCCCAAAGAGACCCCAAAAAGCUUCAGCUUUGAUUAUUCCUACUGGUCCCACACUACGCCUGCAGACAUCAACUAUGCAUCCCAGAAGCAAGUGUACCGGGACAUUGGCGAGGAGAUGCUGCAGCACGCCUUCGAAGGCUACAACGUGUGCAUCUUCGCCUACGGGCAGACGGGAGCCGGGAAAUCCUACACCAUGAUGGGCAAGCAGGAGAAGGACCAGCAAGGCAUCAUCCCACAGCUGUGCGAGGAUCUCUUCUCGCGCAUCAAUGACACGACGAACGACAACAUGUCCUACUCUGUGGAGGUGAGCUACAUGGAGAUCUACUGCGAGCGCGUGAGGGACCUGCUGAACCCCAAGAACAAGGGGAACCUGCGGGUCAGGGAGCAUCCCCUUAUGGGUCCAUAUGUUGAGGACCUUUCCAAGCUGGCUGUGACCUCCUACAAUGACAUCCAGGACCUUAUGGACUCUGGAAACAAAGCCCGCACAGUGGCUGCCACCAACAUGAACGAGACCAGCAGCCGCUCCCACGCCGUGUUCAACAUCAUCUUCACGCAGAAGCGGCACGACGCCGAGACGGACAUCACCACGGAGAAGGUCAGCAAAAUCAGCUUGGUGGACCUGGCCGGCAGUGAGCGAGCUGAUUCCACAGGAGCCAAGGGCACAAGGCUAAAGGAAGGAGCAAACAUCAACAAGUCCUUGACCACUCUGGGGAAAGUCAUCUCUGCCCUGGCUGAAAUGGAUUCAGGGCCGAACAAGAACAAGAAGAAGAAAAAGACGGAUUUCAUCCCGUACCGAGACUCGGUGCUGACCUGGCUGCUGCGGGAGAACCUGGGAGGCAACUCCAGGACUGCCAUGGUGGCUGCUCUCAGUCCCGCUGACAUCAACUACGAUGAGACCCUCAGCACCCUCAGGUACGCCGACCGUGCCAAGCAGAUCCGCUGCAACGCCGUCAUCAACGAGGACCCCAACAACAAACUCAUCCGCGAGCUGAAGGACGAGGUGGCACGUCUGCGUGACCUUCUCUACGCCCAGGGCCUUGGGGACAUCAUUGACACCCAUCCUGCUGCGGGAGGAUCCAAAUAUGUGUCCGACUUUGAGAACAAUAAUGAUGCUAGAGGGGCAGAGCUGAGUCACCGCCAUGACAAUCUCUCCACAGUGACCAAUGCCAUCGCCGGGAUCAGCCCCUCUUCCUCCCUCUCUGCCUUGUCCAGCCGCGCUGCCUCGGUCGCCAGCCUGCACGAGCGCAUCAUGUUUGCUCCGGGCAGCGAAGAGGCAAUUGAAAGACUCAAGGAGACAGAGAAGAUCAUUGCAGAGCUGAACGAGACGUGGGAGGAGAAGCUGCGAAGGACAGAAGCCAUCCGGAUGGAGAGAGAAGCGUUGCUGGCCGAAAUGGGGGUGGCCAUGAGGGAGGAUGGAGGCACCUUGGGUGUUUUUUCUCCUAAAAAGACACCGCACUUGGUCAACCUGAACGAGGAUCCGCUCAUGUCCGAGUGUCUUCUCUACUACAUCAAGGACGGGAUAACGAGGGUUGGCCGGGAGGAUGCUGAGAAGAGGCAGGACAUCGUUCUCAGCGGGCACUUCAUUAAAGAGGAGCACUGCCUGUUCCGCAGUGACACCAAAACUGGUGGUGAAGUGAUAGUGACCCUGGAGCCCUGUGAAGGCGCUGACACCUACGUGAACGGCAAGAAGGUGACGGAGCCCAGCAUCCUGCGCUCAGGAAACCGCAUCAUCAUGGGGAAGAGCCACGUCUUCCGCUUCAACCACCCCGAGCAGGCUCGGCAGGAGCGGGAGCGGACGCCGUGCGCCGAGACCCCCGCGGAGCCCGUGGACUGGGCCUUUGCCCAGAGAGAGCUGCUGGAGAAGCAAGGCAUCGACAUGAAACAGGAGAUGGAGCAGCGGCUCCAGGAACUGGAGGAUCAGUACCGGCGGGAGCGGGAAGAGGCAAAUUACCUUCUGGAGCAGCAGAGGCUGGACUAUGAGAGCAAACUGGAGGCUUUGCAGAAGCAGAUGGAUUCUAGGUAUUACCCUGAGGCAAAUGAGGAGGAGGAAGAACCCGAGGAUGAAGUGCAGUGGACAGAGCGGGAGUUCGAGCUGGCCCUCUGGGCCUUCAGGAAGUGGAAGUGGUACCAGUUCACCUCCCUCCGUGACCUGCUCUGGGGCAACGCUAUCUUCCUCAAGGAGGCCAAUGCCAUCAGCGUGGAGCUGAAGAAGAAGGUGCAGUUCCAGUUUGUGCUCCUCACGGACACGCUGUACUCGCCUCUCCCUCCCGACCUGCUGCCUCCCGACGCUGCCAAGGACCGGGAGAAGCGGCCGUUCCCCCGGACCAUUGUGGCCGUAGAGGUGCAGGACCAGAAGAACGGGGCGACGCACUACUGGACCCUGGAGAAGCUGAGGCAGCGCCUGGACCUGAUGCGUGAGAUGUACGACCGAGCAGCAGAAGUGCCUUCCAGCGUCAUUGAGGACUGUGACAACGUGGUGACUGGCGGAGACCCUUUCUACGACCGCUUUCCCUGGUUCAGGCUGGUCGGCAGUUCAGAUAUCUCUGGCUGCAACAGCUCUCCUCUUUUCAACACAUGCAUGAGCGAGCGCAUGGCUGAUCUCACCCCCUCCCCUACCUUCUCGAACCCCGACUCCGACAUCACCGAGCCUGCUGACGAGCAGCACCAGGGGCAGGAGGAGGAGGAGGAGGAGGAGGAGGAGGACCUGGAGGAAGACAUCUUUCCGGAGUGCCCGCUGUGUGAUGGCCGGGAUCCAUUUUACGACCGCUUCCCCCUGUUCAGUUUAGUAGGAAGGUUGGUGAGGUUUGGAACUGCUUUUGGACACGACUCCCACCUCCGGGGCAUCCCGGAGGUGCAGGGGGUGGCCGGCUGGGAUGGCCGCCAAGCCCGGGCGCCCGGCGGGGCGGUGAGGCUCCGGCUGAGGCAGUUUCUUGAUUCGGAUAUGCCUAGCAUUUCGCUGGGAAAUGACACUAGGACUUUCUACCAGUUUGAGGCGGCGUGGGAUAGCUCCAUGCACAACUCGCUGCUGCUCAACCGUGUUACCCCUUACCGGGAGAAGAUCUACAUCACCCUGUCAGCUUACAUUGAGAUGGAGAACUGCACUCAGCCUGCCGUCAUCACCAAAGACUUCUGCAUGGUUUUCUACUCCCGGGAUGCCAAACUUCCUGCCUCACGCUCCAUCCGCAAUCUUUUUGGCAGCGGCAGCCUGCGGGCUUCUGAGAGCAACCGCGUGACAGGAGUCUAUGAGCUCAGCCUCUGCCGCGUGGCUGAUGCCGGCAGCCCAGGCAUGCAGAGAAGGCGCCGGCGUGUGCUGGACACCUCUGUAGCCUACGUCCGGGGAGAGGAGAACCUGGCUGGCUGGCGGCCCCGCAGUGACAGCCUCAUCCUUGACCAUCAGUGGGAGCUGGAGAAACUCAGCCUUCUGCAAGAAGUGGAGAAGACAAGACACUACCUGUUACUGCGUGAGAAGCUGGAGACGACCCAGCGCCUGGGCAUGGAGACCCUGUCCCCCUGCUCCAGUGAGGAUUCUGAGUCCCGAAGCACCUCCUGCAUCUCCUCCCCGCUCUCUGCUGACGGGGCACCUGAAGGCCGCACCUCUCCCCCGGAGACCCCCAGCGAGAGGCAGAAGGAGCUGGCUGUGAAGUGCUUGCGCCUGCUCACGCACACCUUCAACAGGGAAUACAGCCACAGCCACGUCUGCAUUAGCGCCAGUGAGAGCAAGCUGUCUGAAAUGUCCGUGACCUUGAUGAGAGACCCUUCCAUGCCAGCUCUUGGCGUCACCACUCUCACCCCCUCCUCGACCUGCCCAUCACUGGUGGAAGGAUGUUACAAUGCCAUGGAGGUCAGACCCCCCCAGGUUUCCUCCAGGGCAGAGAGCCCGGAUCUGGAGCCUGUGGUAGAAGGAGAGCAGAAGAAGUCCCCAGCCCGCCGGCCUGAAGAGGAGAAGGAGCCCCAGCGGUUGCUGGUGCCCGACAUCCAGGAGAUUCGAGUCAGUCCCAUCGUCUCCAAAAAGGGCUACCUGCACUUCCUGGAGCCUCACACCAACGGAUGGGUGAAACGCUUCGUGGUGGUGCGGCGUCCGUAUGUCUACAUCUACAACUCGGACAAGGAUGCGGUCGAGAGGGCCAUACUCAACCUCUCCAAGGCCCAGGUGGAGUACAGUGAGGACCAGCAGGCCAUGCUCAAGACCCCGAACACAUUUGCGGUGUGCACAGAGCACCGGGGCAUCCUGCUGCAGGCGAGCAGUGACAAAGACAUGCACGACUGGCUCUACGCUUUCAACCCUCUCCUGGCUGGAUCCAUAAGAUCCAAGCUGUCCAGAAGGAGAACAGCCCAGAUGAGAAUCUAACCUGAAAAACACCCUCCACCUCAUCCGUCUGCCAACAGGAUCAAGAUAGCUGAUUCUGUCUGAAGACUCCCCAUGUUAAUAUCUGAUCUUUCACACCAUCUGCUGCCCCAGCUCUCUGCUCCAUGGAAGGAUCUGUCUUGAUUCACAGCUUCACAGGGGAAACUCACUUCUGUUUGUAGCUGCAAAAGCCUGGACCCGCCUGGGCAGGAUUCCUUGUGCACGUGCCAUCUUCUGCCUGUCCCUCCGUGGGUGACCUUCAUAUCACACCAUCUAACGCUCUGAAAAAGGUCCCUAUCAGAGGGGAGGGAGUGAGAAGUGUGGUUUUGGCUAAAAGCUGGUCUUUGAUCUAGAGAGAUGGGAAUGCAGUAAAGCUCAGAGCUGGGAGAGCAGGAGGAAUUGCCCUCAGGCGAAGGGAAAGUGGUAAUUUAGAUGUGGGGUUUCCCUUAUUUACCGGUGUUUCUGCAAGAGACAGCAGAGUAAGAUCAGGUGUCAGUACUUUAAGAUUAUAUUUAUAAAAUAUUUAUUUCUAUUUACAUCACAAAAAUCCCCCUAAGUUGAGUCCUGGCCACCAGCCAAUGCCUCCCCCAGGCAGGGGAGAGCCUUGGUGGUAGGCUGGGGUUCCGGAGAUGCCUUCCCCGGGACAUCCCUGCCUUGUGCCUGGCAGCAGUGCAGCUCUCACCCUCAUCCUGUGCCCUUCCUCAACUAUUUGCUUUGCCUUCCCCUACAGCUUAAACUACUUUUCCCCUGAGCAGUGGCCAGACAGCCCACCAUGUCUUCCCAAAGAAGGCAAUUCCUACCUGUCCCAUCUACCUCUGGAAGGGAGGAGCCCACAGUCUCAGCUGGCCAGGCCAACCAUGUCCCUGCAGACAGGUCACUGCACUCUGGAGUUUGGUCCUGCUGGAGGGAAAUGGAGAGCUCUGGGUAUGGUUCUGUCUGUCACACCACGCUGGGCUACCCUUUCCAAUCAAAAGCACUUGGGCCACCUCCACUAUCCCAGCCUGGUGUCCCAUUCAAAGGGAUUUCCCUCUCCUAGGGCAGGAUACCAAGGAUCCCAAUCCUGCAAGGGAGUGUGGAGGUUCAGGUGGAAUGGGAAAAUUCCCCAGGAGCCACGACUAGGAAUGACCGUCCCACCCUACAGGAUCCUUCUUGCCCUUUCUCAAAAGGGCUUGCACAUCUCUUCUUCUCCCUGCAGGAUGACAGACUCAAAGCAGAUCAAAGGGUGUCAGGGUGGGGAUGGGGCUUCUUUUUUCUGUUAUAGCUGGUGUUUUCUCACUCUUCCUCUGCUGCAGAAGGGAGCACCCACCUCCCUCCACCCUGCCUCCAUCAGCAUGUUAAUCUGGGGGCUUCCUGCAUUGGAAGUGUUUUUGCUGAAAAGACCUUCUCCUCCAGCCAUCACUGCUUCCCACCUCCUCCAGCAGCAGCUCUCUCUCUUCUCCCAUCUCUCACCCAUGGUUAGAUGUUUUUGUUCAGGGCUUCCCAAGUGGCCAGCAGCAUCUGGCACAGCUCCAUGUUGGAAGCUGAGCAUCUUCCUCCGUGCAUCUCCCAGGCACUCCCCCAGCUCUGCUGUCUCUCGUCCAGCACAGCUGUGCCUCGGCUCUGCCGCACCUCCCUGCACUGUCGGUGGGGUGUGUGCGUGUGUGUGUGUGUGUGUGUGGGACGUGGUGCUGUCUUCUCGUUACACUCGUGUUGUGGGGGGCACGGAUGGGCAGGGACACGGCAGAGGAGUAGAGACUUGCACUGGCCCCCUUGCUGCAUAUCUGGCACCCUUUAGCUUUGGUUUCACGUGACAGAAAGUUUGGGGAUUCUUCUUGAGCACAUGCUGGUUCUGCCUGGCCUCGCUGUAGCUCCUUGGGCAUCUUACCCCACCACUGCAGCCCAAACCUGCAGUGGAGCUGCUCCUUUCAGCCCAGCUCCUCUGCCCAGGACAAGCUCCCCAGCAAAUGGGCUGUUUUCCUCUCUGUGAUCCUUUUUAGCCCUGGAGGCCGACUUGUGCCCUUUCUGUAUGAAGAGGUGCCAGCCUGGAGACACAAGAGAGGCUGAGCUGUGGCAAUGCCGGGGCCCAGGCUGCAACAUCCUGGCUCCUGUGCUCUGUGCAAGGACUAGUUGGUACCAUCCCAAACUUCAGUGUAAGGGGCUAAGAGUGGAGAAAUGGGGUACCUGAGGGGAGGCUCUUCCAGAAUGGAGGCAGCUUCUGGCAGAGACGGGACCAGUGUCUGUCAGGGACCAGACACAGGUUCACUGGCCAGGGCUGUGUGGUGCUGCCUGUGCCACAGACAAGACGCAGCCAGCUGAAGGGCAUCCUCCAGCCAGAGCCGAACCGUGCCUGAGGCCAGCAAACCUGCAGAGCAGACGGCUCGGCUGGAGGUCGGAGCCGAGGGAAACAGAGCUGCCCGCUGGAUGCGGCACACGGGCCACUUGCCACCUUACCAGCAGCGCUCUGACCAGCACCGCGCUCCUCGUCACGGCCCUGGCACCCCUCCCCUCGGCAAGGAAUGCUAACCGGAGGUUCAAGCUCGACUAUAAGCCCAGCCGGAAGGGAAAUUCCACAGGGCAGCGGGUGGCACGAAAGGCAGGCGGGCAUCGGCGGGCAGGCUGGGGCCAGAGGAGGAGGGAGGCCGCACUCCCCGCUCUCCGGUUCCCGCCGGCGCUCCCUGCCGUGUGCUAGGGGGGCAGUACUGCGGAUCCUGGCCGUCCGUGCGCACAUGAGGCUUGUUCGGUUCUGAAAUAAAUGUCGCAUUUAACGCAA